AUGGUUAACAAGAAGUGGAUGUUUUUGCUUGAGGAGAUGGGGAAGAGGGAGGUCGUUCUGAGUGACCAGGACCUUGACGCCAGAGGUGUUGAGGAACUCAAUUUUUCGAGAAUACUGGCCCUCAUUGGGCGUCGACAAAAUAUCCCGGAUGAAUACAGCUUCUUCAUCUUUUCAGAUAGUAUGAAGGCCGCGGUUCAGAUGCUUACGGACCGCAGUAUAUUCCUGACAUACAAAAUGUUCUGCGAAAAUGACACAGCAAUUACAAUCAUUGUCCGUCCGGUUUCAGGCUCGUCUCCAAACUCAAGCCAAUGCCCUAGUGCCCCUGAGUCGCUUCGCCAGAGACGAAAAGUGAGCGGGAAAAAGAAUUUGCAGAAUGUGUUUGUACGUCCCAUCACCCGCGCCAACACCAACAGUUUAGACGCGGAGACAUUAUCGCCGAUCAACUCCCUACCAGAUAGUGAAAAGAUGACCCUUGAUCUCGGUCAAGGGCAACAGGAGACUUUCUCAGUGUCGUACUUGAUUGGAUGGACCAUGGCAGAAGCGGAAAAAGGAACGCCACUCCAUAAUAUCGUUGUCACUUCUAUAACACCAAAAGGCCGUCCUGUCAACCUGACUUUAACCAGAGACACUUGGACUAGAAGCCUCCUACGUGGUCCCAAUAAGAAUCAAUUCUUGGAAAUCUGGACAAAAUAUUCGGAGUCCGCAGUCAGGAGAACAGAUUUACUCGACAAGCUUCAUAGAGACUAUGACUACUUUGAUACCAAUGCCAAGGUAUUUAUCAAGGACCUCAAGCUUUUCGGUUCAAAGCCGGACUCCAGAACACGCCUUUUGGGGACCAGACAUAGAUAUUUUCUUGGGGAACCAUACUUCUCUUCUACGUUGGUAGACCAUAUCCUCGUUUUGCCUUUGCAGACUUCAACGGUUCAAGGGCACCUUGAUGAUUUGAUGAGGAAGAAAGCUAGUCGUGGACAAGAGGAAGAGCUUUGUGCCUCUCAUGACCUUGCACCUGUUUUUCUACGCGCAUUCUCACUGGACUGGGACGCCAUCAAGAAACAGAAUCCUACCAUCAUGCGAAUUAAAGAUCCGCAUGGCCUCAAGAAACGCCCAACGAUGGAAACACUAGGAAAGGCUUUCGGCAAACUUGGUGGUCUAGGUGGUUCAAGAGACUCAAGUAAGCCUAAAUAA